AUGUGCCGCUGGAUGGGGUCGCAUUUUCACAACUGGGGUCAGAAAAUUCAGUUAUGUCAGGAGCCUGGGUAUGUAGGGAUUUAAAAAUAGAAGAUUUAACAAAUGUGUCAGUUCAUUUCAGAAUGACCAAGUUAAAAGGCUUUAUAAGGUAGAUGCAUAAACAGAAAGUGACUAAGUUGGGAUUGCGAAAAUUACUUUUUUCUCGAAGUGACGAAGAUCGGGUGAGGGUCUACUGAUAUGGCCGCAGAACAGAAUACCCAACAAAAAUGUAUCCAACUAGUACGUAACCCUCCUGGGCCAGCCUGUCAGUAGAAACACCUGUAGUAGUCAAAUAACGUUUGACGAGAAAAUGCAGAAAACGCUUUUGAAUCCGAUUUGAAAAAAAAGAAAAUAAUAAAAAAUAAAUUGCUAAAAGCAGGAGCCCAUCGAUGGGCUCCUGCUAAAAGGAAUUUUAAAACAGUGACGAUGCAGUCCCGACAAGCACUGCUCACCUUUGUUCGUACCACGUGGUUUUCUGACAGCGUCGUCGCGCUAUUUUCUUUGAAGACUUUCUUCUGGUUCGCGAAAGAUUCUUCGCUGACCAGUUGGAAAUAUUUCUCGACUCAUUUAACAAAUAUUAUGACAAGUCUUGACAUUCAGAGCUCUGAGGUAAGUCCAGACAUAUUCCUUUCGCUUCUUUGUUUAUCCAAGGCGUAGCCGUUGAUGCAAACGAGAAAAACACGAGUAGCAUCCAUCACGAAACAGCAGAUGGCCAGAUUUUUCGGUAUGAGCAACCACAGUUUGAUUUGAUAACGUAUUUUUCAAUCUUGUGAAGACAACUACGAAGGUUUCUGAAGCAGUUCCAUGUUUCGACGAAGAAAGUUUUAAUUUGCCAUGAACCACCUAACAGAGCAGCGAUACCACACGAUCAGUCUCGAUUUUAAUACGAUAAGCCCUGCUUUCUCUGUAGCGUAUUGGAAAAACAGGGAACGUUUAAAGAGAAUUACAACGUACCAAAAGUUUAAAUUCACUGCUGAGCCAAAUGAUCGAGCCACCGCCGCCAGAUUGCAGGCUCGCAUUGCCUAACCACUAUACAAGACCGAAGGUUAGACUUUACAAAUAGCGUGCACAUGUAAGACUUACAGUAUUUCUCGUUCUUUUAGGCCCAGUUCGGUCAACCGUCGAACCUUAUAUUAGAUGUGGCUAACCUAAUACCUGUUUUGGUCGUACCAAACUAUUAAAUUAGACUUUUGAUUCAGACGAUCGAACUUUGCAUAUGCUGAUCUAUUUCGUGGCCUAAACAAAACCAUCUUUACUGCUUGAAACAGGGAAAUAAACUGAUGAUACCCGCGAGGGCUGAGGUGUGUGUGUGUGGGGGGGAGGGUUGGUUAGGUCCAGAGGGUAUUCAUCUUAGUCCAUGGGUCUUUGUUUUAGUCCGUUGGUCUUAAGUCCUUAGCUCUUCGUCUGAGAAACACCUGUUAUUUUAGCAUCUUAUACAAGAGACAAAUUUAGUUCGGUAUAUUUCUGUUCAAUUUGUGGUUCAUUUGAAAUGAAGGAGAGAGACGCACUAUAUAGUAAGUUGUUCUGGACUUCUUCGUUUCAAAACGCUUUCAGAGGAACACCCUGCAAAGAAAUUGAUUGUCCGGGACUAGUGGAUUUUGCUAUCGGGCUAGUGAAUUCUGUUCUUAACUUGCCCAAUGGGCAAGUAAUGUGUUUUGAGGAAUUUAAACUGAAGAAGAGCUGUGAAAUCAAUUCUGCUCGUCAGAGAGCCUUUGGGGCUAGUUGAAACGACGUUUGGGCUAGUAAUGCUUUCUUCAGCUUGCCCGAAUGGCAAGCUGUAAAAAUGACCUUCUUUGCCCCCUGGAGGAACGAUACUCUGAGUUCAAGGUAUGCUACAAAGCUGCUUGCAAAACAUACACACACACACACACACACAUACACUGUUUAAUAGUAACUCCCCUUGGGACUUUUCAGUCACUAUUUACAAGAUGCAAAUUAAAGAAUGGAAGAAAUAUAUUACCGUAUUUAUUUGGCUAUAAGCCGAUCUUGGCUAUAAGCCGAGACCCUAAACUUUAAACUCGUAGAAUCAGCAUAACCAAGAAUGAAAGAUACAUCCAAAACACUUGGCUAUAACGCGAGACCCAUUCAUUAGAAGGCUUCUAGCUACAGUUGUACUGUAAAACCUAAUAAUUUUGAUAAGAAUGUGACCUCUAAAAAGAAUGUACAACCCCUGUUUGGGUUUUUUGCUGCUAUCAAUCUUCAUCGCAGUAUGCUUGAAAUGAUCACAUAAAUCGUCUUUCAAUCAAAACAAACCACAUCAGUUCGCGUUGAGUUCGUCCUUGCUUAGUAACCAGGGAAAAGUUUCAAAGCACAAGUUUGACCAAACAUGGCAGAUGGUUUGCAGGUUCGGGGCUGAAAAUAAUGGACAGCAGGUUGCCGGUCAUGAUGACUGGCCAAAUAUUUUUUAGCCCGGACAAACCCCGAUUCUGGCCGGUCAAAUAAUGAAUACUAUAAUUUUUUUUCCUAAGGAAUAUCGAAUUACGCUGGCAAUAGAUCUUUUUUACUACAUUGACGUUCACAUUUUUGACAGCAACUUGGUGAAAAUUGCAUUCACGUUGUAGAGUUCCUUUCCGCAGUUUUGUGUGUCUUGAGCAUCAUCGCGCAGUGGUGUCUUAAGUCUCUAAAGGUAAAAAGUGAAGCGUAAAUCGUUUUCAAACACUCAAGGUUCAGGAAGUGGAAUACACAUACAGUUCAACAAACUUUAGGAAUUACGAAAAAAAAUUGGGUUAUUAAAGAACAAAAUCUGCCCAAUUUGUUUUACUUUGAUGUUGCGAAAUGAACAUCGGUGAAACUUAUCAUUUUCCUUGCCUUGCACGUGAUCGAAAGUCUCCUCCACAAAGAAGAAUCUUUGCUAAUAUUUUCAGCAAAGAGUUGAUUUGCAUUGGCGAAAAGUCUGUUCCACAAACAGCGUGUUUAUUAUCAGAAGUCAAUAAAUAUACAGCAGAGCUUUCAUUCGGGUCAUUGCGCAACACUUUAUCACGAAGGGCUCAAAUGUCAACAGAAAUUUGCAUAAAGUUGUUUACAAGAAGGAGAAUUAAGUGCCAGGUAGACGACGUUCCUUCUCGAUUAGCUUAAAUUUUUAUCAGACUAUUCUGGAAUCGAGUCCUCAAACGAGAUUCAUGUUCGACAUAAAGAAAUUACUAUUAAUCGAUGUGCUAACAUUUAUUUUAUUCCUGGAGAAACAGAGGACGACCCCUAGAGAAUUGCGAUUGAUUUGCCAGAAUUCCGUCGAAUUCCCAAAGCAGGUCACAUUACUGAGUACAGGUGUACGGUACGACCUGCAACGUUGCGUUACUCCAUAACUCAGUUUGUUAUUGUUCGCUUUGUUGUGUUUCAUUACGACAUGAAAUUAAUUUAUUGUGGCGUUCUUUUUCUUAGAAGGUUUUAGUGCAAAGUAGCAAAAAACGCCAAAGAAAAAGAAAUCAUUACAGUGUUAUAGAGCAUUAAGCGACAACUAUAUGGAAAAUAAAAUGUUCGUAUCCAAAAAUGACCGGUCAAAAUGACUGGCAAGUUGAGAGUUUGACCGGUCAAUUCCGCGAUCAGGCUGGACAUUGUCCGUUGACUGGCCGUUAUUUUCAGCCCAAGGUUCCUUGACAUCUUUCAUAUGUCUUACACCUUCGGACCUCUUUGUAAAAGGCUUACCAAUGUGAGACUUAAGAUGUGAGACCUGUUUUUGUCAGAUAUUUUGACAAUUUGGGACUGAAUUUCUGUGCUUAGCUAACUUAACAUUCAGAUUCAUGGUUAAGUGAUCAAUUCCAUCUUUUGCCAGUGCUAUUUGCUCAGCUUAUAAGUGAAUAUAACCCCUUCUAGUAGAGUUUCAAUGCACUGAAAAGUUUUUUUGUCAAAAACUCUUGCUAUAAGCCGAGAACCCCUCUUGGGCUCAAAUUUCACUGAACUUUUACUUUAAGGUGGCUCCGUAAUAAUAUUAAUACAAGAGCAUUUAGCUGUGGCAAAUUUUCCGUCAUAACUUUUUCGGUUUUAACGUGAUGGCUGCGAAACUUUGCAAAGAACAACAGAUAUCAUUUGGCAAUAAUACGAAAUAUUCCGAUUUCAUUGAUGGUAAAUAUUUCUUGAGAAAUUAGUGCUUAAAAGGACCCUAAUGUUCAAAGAAAAUCGCGUCUAGUAAAAAAUUUUGCUGAUAUUUUUUACUGAAAUUUCUGGUAUCGGCUUUAAUUGAUAUAAUAAAUAUGCCAGAGGAAUUUCAGAAAAAUCGUUGGAGCAGAAGUCCGUAACUAAAAGUCGCUCAAAAUUCAGCUGUGAAAUUGUUUUUGAAUUUCAAAAAUAAAUUACUAUCAGGAAGAAGGAGACACCAGUUUGAAUUUUCGGGACAAGUAAAUUCAAUGUUUGCUAAUUCUGAAAUCAAAAGCCAAUUGCCUAUCGUGCUAUUCUUUAAAAGGUACUUUUCAGUUUUAGAAGCACUAUAAAUCACUCCAAACCUUGCUUUGACGUUGAAUGACUUGUUCCUCGACAUUUUUAAAAUAUCCCUUGGCAGUUUUGGUUCAAACUCCUGCUGCAUACAUUUUGAUGUAUUGCAAUGCAUCCUCAACGGCUUUUCCUGCUGUACAUUGUUUCCAAUUCAGGAAAAAGGUAUUGGGAUUGUAAGCUACCUUGUAUCGAAGCUCAGAUAGAACUGUCCAGCACCUUUGUUUAUGACUACAAAAUGAGCACGAGCGGCAGCCCUGCGAGGAAUUCGCACCUCAGCCAGGGGGGACGAAUGAUAAUGAUACCCAUGUCUGUGAACCGAUCUGUAUAAACAUGUAUUGCAGAGCAAAACAUAAUAAUCAAGAAAAAAAUACCCAUUCAUUGAAGGAAGGAGUGACAAGAAUUUCAGAGUUGUAAAUUUAUUCACGGGCAGUAUUUUUGCGAUAAUUUUAUUUUGCACUGUGAUGUUAUUCGGCUCACAGGCAUGGUCGUCAUUGUCGUUCGUCCACCCUGGGUGAGGUGCGAAUUCCUCGCAGAACUGCCGCUCGUGCUCAUUUUGUAGUCAUAAACAAAGGUGCUGGACAGUCCUAUCUGAGCUCUGAUACGAGGUAGCGUCCAAUCUCAAUACUUUUUUCCUGAGUUGGAAGCAAUGAACAGCAGUAAAAGUCGUUGAAAAUGAAUGGCAAUACAUCAAAAUGUAUGCAGCAGGAGUUUGAGCCAAAACUGCAAAGGGAUAUUUUAAAAAUGUCGAAGAACAAGUCAUUCUACUUCAGAGCAAGGUUUGGAGCAAUUUAUGGUGCUUCUAAAACUAAAAAGUACCUUUUAAAGAAUAGCAUGAUAGGCAAUUGGCUUUUGUUUUAAGAAUUAGCAAACGUUGAAUUUACUUGUCCCGAAAAUUCAAACUGGUGGCUCCUUCUACCUGAUAGUAAUUUAUUUUUGAAAUUCCAAAACAAUUUCACAGCUGAAUUUUGAUCGACUUUUAGUUAUGGACUUCUGCUCCAACGAUUUUUCUGAAAUUCCUCUGGCAUAUUUAUUAUAUCAAUUAAAGCCGAUACCAGAAAUUUCAGUAAAAAAUAUCAGCAAAUUUUUUUACUAGACGCGAUUUUCUUCGAACAGUAGGGUCCUUUUAAGCGCUAAUUUCUCAAGAAAUAUUUACCAUCAAUGAAAUCGGAAUAUUUCGUAUUGUUGCCGAAUGAUAUAUGUUGUUCUUAGCAAAGUUUCGCAGUCAUCGCGUUAAGAACCAAAAAGUUAUGACGGAAAAUUUGUCACAGCAAAAUGCUCUAGUAUUAAUUACGGAGCCACCUUAAUUUGUGUAAAACUCGCUCGGCUUAUAGCCGAAUAAAUACAGUACAUUAAAAUUAUUGUUCAGAAAUUAAAUGGUUCUUUAUUAAGUUUUUAAAACCUUUCAACGAGGAGCAGGCUUUGAAAUUGUCAUCUAAGUUGUCCCAGAUGUUAACGGCUCUGUAAAUAAAUAGUUCACUGACCAGUAGCUGUUUUUAACAGUGGUAUUUCUAGAGUAUCACGCUUGCGGGUAGCUAGGCUGUGGAUAGAGGAUCGUUUGCAGAAUUUAUGACAUAAAUAGGCAGGAGCGAGGUUGUUUACACAUUUGUGUGCGAUAACCAAAUCUCUCAGAUAUAAAAACAUCAUGUAUUAAUGCCAUGGGUUUCAGCAGGCAUUAGUCAAUGCCCCUCUCUUGAUUUGGCACCCUCAGUGACCUGACUUUGAAAAGAAGAAGUUGAUGAUUUUCUAGGGUUUUAUCUUUUCUGUCCAGCCUUACUAGAGCUUCCUUCAUUGGUGGGAAAUUUAUCUUUCACUUUCCUUUUCUGUUUGUGUACAUUCCAUGCUUAAUUCCACGCUGCAAUGAUUGGCCAAAAUCUGACAGCGCAGAUGAUGGGGAGUCACAGGGGCACUGGAGGUGGAAUUCAAAUUUCUGAGAAAUUACUGUAAGCUCUUACUCCUGGGAAGGGGGGGGGGGGGGGGUACUCCCUUAUAUAAGCUAUAUGGGUAUGUACCUCCCCAUCAGGUAGGGUUUUUUUCGCUGUUUUGGUCUGAACACGGGUGUAAACUUUGCCCAUUUUGGUCUGGAAUUGGGUAUGGUUUUCGAGGGAACUACGGGAGUGUAUGAACGUAGUUAUCAUUUCAAUUCCAAUGAAAAGAGUGAAAUAGAAAUAUGCAAAUUCGAUAUGCAUUGUUUGCGCUCUAAUCUAAUUAAUGAUGACAUAAUUUCUGCUCUCACUCCAUUUUUGCCCAGCGACUAGAGUGCCCCGGAGAGCUUACUUGUAGGCUAUUCUGUUAUGACAAGGUUGUCAUGAAGACAAAAUACACCAGGGUGUAAAGACAAUCAGUUUUACUGCUUGCCAUUUGGGUAAGCUGAAGCUUGCAUUUACUCGCCCAAAUGUCAUUUCAACUAGCCCCAAACACUUUUUGAUGAGCAGAAUUGAUUUCACAGUUCUUCUGUUAUUGGAAUUCCUCCAAAAACUUCACUUUCCUGUCGGGCGAGUUUAGAACAAAAUUCUGCCAAUAGCCCCAGGCUAUCGGACAUUACCUUCUUUUCACGCUGUACCCCACCCCAAUUAAACCCAUUCUUUCCGUUGCUAGGCAUGGCAAGUGUCAUCCCAGCUUAAUCUGUAUGUAUAUAUUACAUUCAUUGGCAGGCUAACACAGACGACAUGAAUCAAGAAUCACAAGGGGAGUAUGUUGUUCGUGCCCGCGGAUUACCUUGGUCUGCAACUACAGAAGAAGUUGCGGAAUUCCUUUCAGGUAAUAUCAUUGUUGUGAGAGAAGUAAGAUGAUUAAUCUUAACUUGAACAGGGAUUUGAACCUGGCCACAUUGGUGGGAGGCGAGUGCUCUCACCACUGCGCCACCCUUGCUCCCCUAAUAUCAAGGGAAGAGAGCCAAUUACUUGAAACUUGACAAAAGCCGGUCCAGUUUGAAGAGUCUUGUGGAAAUCCAGAAUGGAAGCACGACACAAUUGUCACAAGGAUCAAGAACUGAGUGCGAACUUACUUUUUAAUGUUACUGUAGUGUAUAUCAAUAUAUAACAUUCUCUGGCUGGUAAAUUGCAUUUUCUCACCACCUAUCUGUUGAACAUUGAAUUUGAUAUCCUAAGGCAGAGAUGUUACAUGCCAUGAAUCACUUCUGGGAGUUAAAUGGUUAUUAAGCAUUAGUUGAAACCUUUCUAACCUUUCCUGUGUACAUUUCUCUUCAAGGCUGCAACAUUCGAGGUGGUGCAAAAAAUGGCAUUCACUUCACAUUUGGUGUUGAUGGACGUGCUAGUGGUGAAUGUUUUGUUGAGCUGGUGUCUUUAGAGGAUUUGAACAGGUAAAUGCAUUUUAGUAUUAUUUUUUUGACUAUUUUUGACUUUGAGGAUUUUGAAUUUUUGCAUCCCCACCAAAUGGGUCCUUGUUCAAGAGUUAAGGUAUCAUCCACCCUCAAGUACCCUCCUGGCGUUGAUCGGCGCUAACGCUUUUGCUUUUAAUAAAUACCCCCAUAAACCGUACAUUUUCUGAAAGCUUAAUAGUUCCAGAUUAUUCCUUAUUCCUUUCUUAACACGUUUGACUAAAAAACCGUGUCUCAGAUUCUUGUCAAGUGCGUUUGUUCUUUUGUUAUAAGCAGUUGAAGUUAGGGAUAGCAAAUCAUUAGCACUACCUGUGAAAAAACUACUCUAACUCGAAAACGAAAAAAGAAAUCAAAAUUCGCAGACACAGUUUUUUAGAAAAACUAUCCGACAGUAGGUUGGCCAAAUUUCAACCAAAUUGGUUCACGGGUUGCCGACUUGGAGUUUAAAACGUACCCUCAACUUGCCCUGAUUUUCAUUUCGAGAAAACAGUGGAAAAGGAGUUUUGGCGGCAUAUUACCCGCGACGAGAUUAUAACAGAUUAUAACACCAAAGCUGUUAAUGUUGAUGCAUACCAGAGAAGGGACAACAAUGGUGACAUAGCAGGAAAAGGUUAAAAGCGAAAAAACAACAACAAUUUAUUUCAAAGUUCUGCUCUGUUUGAUCCUUUCUGUUGUGUAGAAAGCAUCAUUACUUAUUUGCGACGGGCAGUUUUCAUUUUUGCAGCGGGCAAGCCAAGUUGAGCCAAGCUCACUUUUACUCGAUACAUUUUCUAAAAAGUUCGACACUCCCCUAGAAAAAUUGUCAACAAACCGCUUCCUGGAGUUUUUCUUGAAGCUUCUCUCCUGCUACAAUAGACUUACAAAACAGUCCUUCGUCCGAUAUGACGCAGUAGCUCUCGCGACUUCGUCGCCCGCCUGACUGCUUCGCGGCCAAAAAAGCUUGCCCCACUCGCUAAGAAACUCGUUAAACUCGAUUCCGCGGUGGUUUCAAUUGUUUCUCAGAAGCUUUGUCAUCUUUUAGCCAUUUUUCUUGAUUGUAGUAGUAGCCCUUGUCGCUCUCUGCUAAUUUCGAAGCCCACUCUUUGCAAAACGAUUUUGUCGUCUUCUUUCGUCUUGGAGUCGUGCACGAAAACGAACAAGCUUUUUUGUCUUCUUUGGAGGCAUUCACUUCCAAAAUCCAGGGAAAAACAGUGAGUACUAUACUUGUAGACCCCGAUUUCUGUCAAAUUGCUUGAUUAGCUUGGUUCAACAGCGACAUGCGUAUCAAGUAUGACAGGACUUGUCAAUGAUCAAUUAAAAUAAUUAGCCUAGAAAAAACUUUUGCGCUCCAUAAGUCUGCACAGAAAAAACAUUUUUUCCUGGAAUUUUUUUUAAAAGAAAGCUCUUGAUUAGCUCUAUUUAAUCAUCUAAAAAUUGCAAAUUUCGAAAAAUUAUGAUUUUUUUACCCUGGAUGAUAACUUAAUUGGGGUAAUUCAUUUUUUUCCAGAGCUCUUAGCAAAAACAACCACCAUAUUGGCAAAAGAUACAUUGAAGUUUUUGAGUCCAAGGCUGGAGAAAUGGAAUGGGUCUGUAAAAGAAUGGGGCAGCCACAGGACAAAGGCGAUGAGUCGGUUGUACGGCUGAGAGGCUUACCGUAUGAAAUUUCUAAAGAGGAGAUUGUGCAGUUCUUUACAGGUAAAAUCAAGUUCUUUAUUUUCCAUAAUUCAAAAUGGCACCUAUUUAAAUCAGAUGUGGAGUUAAAAAGGCCAAGAGUAGUCUUAAAAAAUGCCCUAAAUUUGGAGUGUCUUGAAAAAAAUGUUUCGACAGUGUAUAUGAUGACCCAAAUCUUUUGCUCAUUUGUACAUUCAACGAAAACAAACAUUUCUUCUCCUGAGAUGAACUUAUCUACACUAAACAGGCCAUUUCCAAGUUGGUGCAAGUCUCCAUUUCAAAGCUAGGCUAGGUGCAAAGCUAUUGAUAUGAAAAUGACUUAUUAUUCUCAGGCAAAUAAAACUCAUUUUCACAACAGAGGUUUUUGCACUUUGCCUCGUUUUGAAAGUGAGAGCUUUGACUUUUCUGGUCAAAUCAGACAGUUAAACUGCCAGUGAAAAUCAAGCAGAAAAUGUUGCUGGCCAAUAAGGUUUAACAAAUUGGUCCAUGCUGGCAAAUCAAAACCAAGAAAGAAAUGAGCAAGUUUUCCAGCUUCAGUUCGACAAAUUUAAUUUUUGAAAAUUGCAUUUAAGAGUUCAAGCAGUUGGAGCUCCAUAUUCCAUUACUUUUGCCAAAAGUAGAGUCCAUGUUUUUGCUCUGGAGGCUGUGGGCUGAUGCAAUAAUAACUUUGUACUUUAAUAAAUAUUUCAAUCCCAAGAUUCUUGCACUUUGCUAUUGACACAAUAAAUUGGUAAUAGGACUUUGUUUGUAGAUUAAGGUCGUCUGAACAACAGUGAAAUUUCAGUAAUCAUUUGAAAGCAUUCACAUUAUACAAACUUUUAAGCUUGUAAUCUAACCCUGAAUAAGCAGGAUUUGCACAGAGUCUUGAAUUGUUGAAAAUAAUCUUGUGAUUUGCAAACCUGUUUUCCAGGCCUGGAAAAUGAGUGUAAUUUUGUACAUGGGAAGGAAUGUUCUUUGAAGGCCAUACAGAGACUGUUAUCUUUGUUUAUGUUUCAAUGCAAAUUUUAACCAAAAAGAUUAAUUUUAAUAGACCCUGUGUCACUUCCCCUUAAAAACAGUCUCCCCCCCUCUUCAAUCCAUUACCUGUACAUUGUAUGUACUCUAUUAACAACUCUUUAUUCACUGAAAAGUCCAUUUUUAUCCCAAGUUAUUAUUUCUUUCUAAUUUCCCAGUUCCCUCAUUUGUAACAGUUGACACUGUAGAACAAUUAAUUGGGUUUUCCUAACAGUUGUUGGUUUACAUGCUUUGCUCUUUACUGGAAUUAUUUCAAAGGGCUGGAGAUAGUUCCUAAUGGGAUAACAAUCACUCUUGACGAGGACGGGAGGACCACGGGGGAUGCUUUUGUGGAAUUUGCUUCUCCUGAUAUAGCAUCACAAGCUUUGAAAAAAAACAAAGAGACCAUAGGGCACAGGUGGGAAAGCCAUGGUGCGGGUCUGAACGGGACCUUGGGCAGCACAGUUGUGUUAAAUGAUUUCUGGUUGAUCUGGUUGGUUAUAUUUGUAGUAUUGUUGUAUGUAUCUGUUUUCACAGUGCAAAUUUAGUGUCAAGGCAGGGCUCUGCUCUUACUUUGCCUUUGUGUAACAAGGGAUUUUUAGUUUUGUACAAAACAAUGAUCUGCACCUUUAAUUUCAAACGUUAUAGUUCCUGGGACUCCUCAGAAUUUGUUAUAGAACACAGCAUUGGAGCAAAGUGGCAACAACUACAUUGUGUACAACAUUACCAUAUACAAUGACUGUGUAGAGGGCUUGAAAUAAUGUUCAAACUAAGAAAGAGUGUUAUUUAUGGUGGACCACAAAAUUCCACUGUGUUAGAUUUUUUAACCUGAAAUGUAGUGCAGAGGCAUACACAAUUCCAUUAAAAAACGGCUUCCACAUUAGUUUGUUGCAUUGUGUUAGUUUUUAUCUGGGAAUGUUUUGGGGUGUGUAAUUUUAUCCUUACAUCGUUUUCAUUCUUUUCUUGCUUUUUUCUGUACAUUACAUGUUUGUUUUUCUACAUAUAUAGAUGUAGUCUGCAUUAGAAAUUUUAAAUGGUAUUAGUUCUGUCUUCCAAGGCUUUCACCAUUCAUAACGUUUUAUGUUAGGCGUAAGUGUAAGUUUUAAAUUGUUACUACUCUUUCAUAUACAAGAUAGUUUGAACCACAUUGGUCUUGUCUUUGGUUACUAUUUAGGAAGUUAUUUCAUUCAUUCUUCAGUAGUCUUAUGGGAAUGUAGAAAGAAGUUAUUUAAUUUUUUUAUUUGCACUACUUUAGACUUGCAUUUUUCAGCAUAUAUUUCUUUUUGUGUUCUUUUAUAUAUUACGCUGUAGGUGUGUUUUUCAACAGUUUUCCAGCCAAAAACUGGUGUAUCCAAACAAAAUAGGUUUUAUUAGGUAUUUUCAUUCCGGGUUUGGGGUUUUACACUUAGCAUUUUGUUUAAAUUGUUUAUUAAGGUUGAUUUUUUAAUGUGCACAUGCAUUCAUCAAAUGCCUUAUUCUAAAAUUGCACUGUGAAACAGCUUUUGGGUGAGUAUUGUUGUGCAUGUGUUGUAUGUGUUUUUUGUGUGUCUACUUAAAAGUUAUGAUAAAUCUAUUGCUUUAUCUUGGUUUGCUUUUAAUACUCAAUUACGUGAAUCCUGAAAAAUGCAUACAAAAACUGAAUACUUAAGAGUUGUAAGGGUGCUUAAAAGUAAAGGAUUUUCCGGACUUCAAGCAGUUUAGAAUUAUUCUAAACUACUUGAAGUCCUGUGAAAAAAAGCCUCUUUUUUUGGAUUUGCUUGAUUAAAUACUUCCAGGCUGUUACAUUAUUUUGUACCCUGCCAGCAGAGGUUUCUCUGUUGCAUGGCUCUUAGCGUUAACAAAGCCAUUUGUGUGGCUCGUCAGUUGCCUAGUUGGUUAAUUGUUUUGUGUGCCCCAGGAGAAACCUAUUUAAGAGAUAUAUCGCUACAGACAAAGCAAACAGUAACUCCAAUAAGCUUACAUUUUUACUGUUAAAUGACAAAAAAGACCACGGUUGUACAAACAGAUUCUUUUCCAGUGAUUUUUGUCGACUAUAAAACAACACAAUUAAAGGUUUCAAGUUUACAAAAAAUAUAAAGGUGCUUAGUUAUUGAGGAUUGACAGACCUGGAUUUUGCAGGAUGUUGAGUUCCAAUUUGUUUUGAAACUGAUGGAGCAGCGCGAAGCGAUAAAUAUGGAUUUUCAGUGACCUGUUACUAAACAUACUUAGGCAUCUUCUCCAUUUACAAAAUAAUACAACACCAUGGACUGAUGCUUUGAAAUUCUGAAUGCUUUGUUGUAAUGCUAGUCAUGGGGGAAAGUCUCACACGGGCUCUGGUUUUGCACAGCAAAUCGGUCAAGAAUUGAUGCACUGAAGUUGUUCAACUGGUUAGAACUGGUUUUAAAACCUGUUAAUCAUGAGUCUACCUCCAAAAUUUUGGAGGUGUCUAAAGAGCAUGCUCAACAGAAACCUCGAGCAGAUUGCUGCUGUGGUUUUUCACAGGCUGUUAACAAACCAACUAUGCGAGAGACAAGCCACACAAAUGACUUUGUAAUCACUAAAAGCCAUGCAGGAGAGAAAACUCUGCUCCAGGGUAUUACAUUUGUGUUUGUAAGGUUUCUACCAAUAAGUGACUAUUUUAAGUGUUAUACAUGUCUUGCUAUUGAAAUUCUAUCGCAUCAUUUGGAAUGUUGUCAGACAUUUUGGGUUUGUUGUAUUUUGUGGAAUUUCCCGCAACUAGUGGACAACAUCUUUUUUUAUCAUUUUCAAUGUAUAUUUAGUGGAUCAAUUUCCUUUCCAUGGUUCAAAGUGUGUUUUCCUUUGUUUAUUGGAUAAUGUGUGAUAUUGAGAUUGAAAAAAGGGAAAAACAAUUCAGCCAAAAGAAAUUCAACCCCAAGUGUACACUCUAAAAUUCCCAAACUAUAGUCAUGUAAUGUUUAUUUGAGGAAGCUCUUCCUCAGUGAUUGAUUGGCUCAAGUUCAAUCAUCAUCAUUAUUGCCUUCAGUCUGAAAAUCCCUCUUAACUUUAGCUUCUCUUAGUAUCUGGUGAUAUUAUAGUUGUCAAUGAAGUGUGGCAGAUAUCUGGAUUUCUUACCUGGGUUUUGCUUUUCUUUUAGGUACAUCGAGAUAUUCAAGUGUGGGAAACAUGAGAUUAAAUAUGUGUCCAAGCCAAAGCUUAAGCCUUUGAUGUCAACCAGACCAGGUCCCUACGACAGAUCUGCUGGAGGAUUUGGGGGAGGACGAGGACGCUUUGGUGGUGGAGGAGAUGGAAGAAGGUGAAAGCAUGCUAUUUAAGUGCUAGAUUGCCUUAGAAUCCUGUUUUAUACUUACUCAUAACAUGCUAGAUCCUUUUGUCCCAGAGCUCUUAAAAAUUUUCAUCUUGUCCUUUAAACAAGCAGUAUUCAAUUUUUUUUUGCGUGGGGCCAUUGCUUGCUUUUCUUAGGCAAGGACUAAGUUACAGGGUCUUACUAUGACCUGGUUUAUCGUUGUGUGAAAAAUAUUAUGCAAAUUUAGAGUAUUGUAUUCUCUCUUGGUUCCCACUUCAUUUAGAUAGUAUUUAGUUAUCCUCAAAUAGGUCAAUGGCACAACUGUAGUUGGAAGUACUACUCAACAACUGUUGUUUAAAGACCAUGCUAAUAGGAUCUACUGGAUCGUACGACCUGGAGCUUGCAGAGUGAAACAAACAUCAUUGUCUCUCUCACCCACGUGGCUUAACUUAAAACUUACCUGCAACUGGCUUUGCUUUAGGACAAAUUUGAGAUUAAUCCUGUUAGUCCGAGAAAUCCCUGUGUUGAGGGAGUUACAGUCAUACAUGUUAGAACCUCAAACCUCAUAACAUGACAAAUCUUUAGCCACUCUCUGUUCUAAUAGCGAAAAAUAUGAAGUAACUUUUAUUAUGAACAUUUCAACCAUCAUUUAACAGAUUCAGAGGAAGAGGAGGUCCAGUUUUUGGAGGUGGAUAUGGUGGGGAUUUUGGUGGAUUUGGUGGUGGUCGUGGUGGACCGGGGCGUGGUGGACGUGGUGGAAGAGGUAUGGGUGGUCGAGGCGGAUUUCGUAACCAGGGCCGUGGAGGAGGUGGCGGUGGAGGAGGAAAUUUUGGAAUGAUGUCCACUACAGGUCACACUGUUCACAUGCGUGGCUUGCCGUUUUCUGCCAAAGAAAGUGAUGUAAAACAGUUCUUUAUGCCUCUUAACCCUGUGAAUAUCUUUAUGGAGUAUUCAAAUGGCUCCUUUAACGGGCAAGUGGAUGUGGACUUUGCAACUCAUGAUGAUGCACAAGCAGCCAUGUUAAAGCACAAGUCAACAAUGGGUCAGUCAUACAUUAACUUUACAUAAUUACUGUGGAGAUAGACCAUUACUUGCAAUCAAAAAGUCACCUCUGUAGGACUGUAAUAGACCUUUUUACCGAUACGGCAGCCAUAUUGAAUUAAUUCGAUUUAAGGAGUAUUAUAGGAUGCCAGAGGGCAUGAGCACAUUUCGUUUGUAUUUUUGAGUGCUUUUCGGGACAUUUUUUCUUGAAGUUUUCUUAGCAUAAGAUUGUAAUGGGAAAAAAUAUCCCUGUGCCGUGUUUGGAUGUAAUAAUGAUCGCCUUUUUCUAGUUGAGUAUUAGAAAUAUGGUCUUUCACUGUAUAUUUCUCGGGAAAAAGGCGAUCAUUAUUAGAGAGAUUAAGAUUCACGUUUACUGCAAACGGCAAACGUCAGACUCAAGUUGAGAAUUUCUCAGAAUAGAAAAUAAGCAGACAAAAACAGUCCCGAACGACUACUAUGGUUAAAACUGGAAUAAAACUAUAUAUUUUUGUGUAGAAGCAUUAAAGAGUAAACGUAAAACAAGGGGAAAACUUGGUCACAUGGUACAAAUUCACGUCUGCUGUUUGGCGUAAAAGUGAAUCUUUAUCUCUCUAUUACAUCCAAACACAGCACAGGGAUCUUUUUACCAUUACAAUCUUAUUCUAAGAAAACUUUAAGAGAAAAUGUCCCGAAAAGCGCUCGUCCCUGGAGAACAUCACAUGGCCUGAAUUGGAGAAAACAGAACAUACAAGCUAAAAAGGUCUAUGAAGUUGCUGCAUGCUUUUAUUGUUUUUAACACCCCCUUUUCAAAACCUUUUCACACAGGUUUUUAAUUCCGUUGUUUCCCUCUGUCAAAAGAUGUUAGUUUUAAUUCUCAUACUUGAACUUGAUAAUGACCGAAGCACUUUCAAAACUUUAUUUGGACGUUUUACUGCUAAUAUUUGCUGUAUAUCGUCAUGAAAAACCCUUGCUGACAAGCAUUUAUUUUGACACUUACAUUCAAUAAGGCUAAAAAAAAAAAUUCUGGGAACAAUUACUUUUAUUUUCUCUGACAAAAAUUAAUUUUUCUGGGAAAAAUGCCACUAAAAUGCUCGAAUAAUGCUCAAUGCCUUUGCUUGAAUAAAAUGCUCCAAAAAAUGCGAGCAUAAUGUUCAGAGGCCUAUUGAAAGGCGAUGGGCGUUUUACCACCCAUGUAUCAAACCUGUCUUCAAACAAAUCCAGUUGUUACAGGCUGUGAAAAGUUGUUGCAAAAAGUAGAACUAAGCUUUUCAUUGUUUUUUGAAUUGGAAACCAAAUUCACUCUGCUCAUAUCCCUCUGAGAAUAAGUGUUAUUCUCAGUAUAUUGAAGCUGUCUGACCUUGAGUUUUUCUCCCCAUAAGGUACCUUGGCUGGAUCAUAAUAGAAACUUACUUGAUAUUUAUGUUAAUGUACAACUUUCACAGAAAUUUGGGCAACUAGGAUACCAAACUUAGUUGCCCUGAUAAAUUUUUCAAUUUAUUUAUUUAUUAUUAUUUAUUUAUUUAUUAUUUUCCCACAAUAAAGAUUACACAAGCAUUACAUUAUACAAAGAUGUGGCGAGGGGACCUCAGAAAACCACAAGGCUUGUACGAGGAGGCCCCCUCGUUACAAUAAUAUUAAGCAAUAGAACUAUAACAACACACAACAACGGACAGUACAAGACGCAUUAUCGAUAUAGUAGAAAAUCAAAAACUUUCGUUUUAAACGAUUGCAAUGUAAAAAUCGAAGUGACUGAGUUUGGUAAAGAAUUCCAAAUUUUAGGGCCUUGGAACAAAAUAGAAAAUUGUUUGGUGUUAGUUCGGCAGGCAUGAGAACGGAAAUGCGAGGAACUUCUAGUAUUAUAAUUAUGAAUAUUGCUACUAGUAACAAAAGGUUCGAAAAAAAGCGGUGGCAGUAAUUGAUGAUAAUAUGAAAACAUAAAUUGUGCAGUAUAGAAUGAAUUAAUGUUGUAUAUGUCCAAAAUCUUUAAACGGAAAAAUAAUGGUUCAGAGUGCUUGAAAAAUCUGCAUUUGUAAUAAUUAAACUGCUCGCUUUUGUAGAAGAAAAAUUCUAUUAAGGUUUGUUACGUAAGUGGAGGACCAAACUGUGGUACAAUAUGUUAAAUAAGGAUAAAUUAAGGUAUAAUAAAGAGACUUUUUGUUGUUUCAGAAAGAAAAAACGAGACCUAAACAUGACGCCAAUAGAUUUUGAAAUUUUCUUACAUAUAUAAGUAAUAUCGGCUUCCACGUUAGAUGCUCGUCGAUAAAAACCCCUAAAAAUUUAACUACCUUUACUUGUUUUAAUAAAACCUCAUCGUACAAGACAGGAUUUAUUGGGAAGCCGACUGGUUUUUGCCUUGCUGCAAAAAUGAUAUAAUUAGUUUUCGUUAUGUUAACAGAGAGCUUAUUUGCUUUCAUAAAAAGAUCAAUUUGAGAUAAAUCAUUAUUUACGGCAGAAAUAGCACAAUUUAAAUCGGGAUUAGAAUAAAACACACUAGUAUCAUCUGCAAAAAGCAUAGUUUCAGCAAGACGAGUAGCACAAGGGAGGUCAUUGAUAUACAAAACAAACAAUAAUGGUCCUAAUAUAGAACCUUGAGGGACUCCACAGCUCAGAGUCAGCCUAAUAGAACAAUUGCCCCAGGAAAGCGGGCACCCGUUAAGGUCGAGCCCUGAAUGCUAAAUGCAUGACUGUAAAAAGAAGAAAAAAUGAAACAUCAAUGACUGCCUUGACCUGGUGACAUAGCAUUUUCAAACCUUUUCUUUCAAGAAUUAUUUUUUAUAAAUGUAAUUCCUUUUUUUUGUAGGUCAUCGUUAUAUUGAAUUGUUUUUGCGAUCGCAGCCUGAUGAAGGUCCAAGCAGAGGGUGGGGUGGCUCAGGAGGAGGAGGACAGCAGAACUUUGGCGGUAACAGUGGGGGUGAGUAGCAGUGUCUCCUGUCAAUAAUGCCCGAGGGGCUUCACUAACCUUUGAGCAAAACUUUAGAGCUAUAACCAGAUGCAAAUAUCCUGUAUAAUGCCGCGUACAAGCCCUGGGAUUAUACAUCUUCAUGAGCGAUUUUAGGAGAGCUUAUAAAUGGAGGGGCUCAUCACCAGAAAAAGCAUUUCAAAACAAGCUUCAGCAGUGUUGAUCAAAAUACGUUUUGCAUUCAUUGUUUUACAAUAAGCUUCAAAACGUUGUAAUAAAUCGAAUAAUAUUCAUGUCAGUUAUGAAUAUAUAAAAAAUCAUAUAUGAGAACUGUGGGGUGAAGAAUAAUAUUAUUAAAUGGAAAAUGAACAUCGCAGUUGCAGAUGCAACUUUUGCAGUUGCGAAAAGAAAGCCUGAAAAAAUUGAGGCUUGUAUGGGAUUUGAUCCCUUGACCUGUGCAAUACCGGUGCAGCCCCCUACCAAUUAAGCUAACAAGCCAACUGGGAGCAGGUCAUUGAGUUGGUUCGUUAUAAACCGGUGAAAGGAUGAUGAUGUUGUCAUGAAUAUAAUGAAAAAUCAUAUAUGAGAACUGCGGGGUGAAGAAUGAAAUGAAUUAAUGACCAUCUUAGUCAGAGACGCAACUUUUGCUACACCCAUAUCGCAGAGGUCAAGGAUUUGAAUCCUGUAUAAGCCUGAAUUUUUUUCAGGUUUUUUUUUUCGCAACUGCAAAAGUUGCGUCUAUAACUGCGAUGAUCAUUUUUCAUUUAAUAUUCAUUUCAGUAUUUAGCUUGCGGGCUUACUAUAUAAGGGGGGUGUUAGUGUCAGCUGAUGGUACUUGAGACACUGUCCCUUCUUUGGGCUUAAAAGCCUAUCUCUGAACUUGUACUUGUGAAUGCGGACCCAUCUUCCCCUUGUCAAAGUUACAAGUCCAUGCUCAACUGCUCAGCCUUGGGAGAAUCAACUUUGAAUGGAGGGGAGGGAUAGGAUGAUUGUUCCCUCAACAGAUGUGUGACCAGCAGUGAUUUUUAAGUUAAAAAGACCAUUUUUUUGUCUGAGUGUCUCAACAUUUUUGCAACCGAAUAAUAUUCAUGUCAGUUAUGAAUAUAUAAAAAAUCAUAUAUGAGAACUGUGGGGUGAAGAAUAAUAUUAUUAAAUGGAAAAUGAACAUCGCAGUUGCAGACGCAACUUUUGCAGUUGCGAAAAGAAAGCCUGAAAAAAUUGAGGCUUGUAUGGGAUUUGAUCCCUUGACCUGUGCAAUACCGGUGCAGCCCCAUUUUUUUGUCUGAGUGUCUCAACAUUUUUGCAACCAGUGGCAGCAUGAAAAGGUGAUUGUUAGAGACAAGCAGUUUGAUUAACAAUAGGCUUGGUUGCUGUUCUGCGUUAUUGACAGUAGUCUUAGAACUGUGAGAACUGGACCAGCUAGCCAGUGGUAUUUUGGUCAGAGAGGCAUGUGUGUGCCUUCCCUUACUCUGUUUGUUUGACAAAAUGUUUGGAAAAAUUAACGAGAUGUCUCACAGACUCGCUGAUUUCUCAUUAGGUGGAAACUUUAGCAACAAUAACUUUGGUGGUGGCAGCUUUGGAAACUUCAAUGAUGGCAACAAUUUUAACAACUUUAGCAGUGGAGGAAACUUUGGUAACCAAGGCAACAUGGGAGGUUUUGGAGGCCAAGGGAAUCAGCCGUUCAACCAACAGCAGCAGCAGCAGCAGCAGCAGCAACAACAAGGAAACUUUGGAAAUCAGAUGGGAAGUGCUAGUGGAGGGAACUUUGGAAAUCAAACCAACAACUUUGGCAGUGCUACUGCUGGAGGAUUUGGAUCUCCACCCAGUGGUGCAAACUUCAGCUCACAGUCUUCUUAUGGGCAAACUGCUAACUUUGGUGGUGCAAGUUAUGGUGGACAGAUGUCCACAGGGAUGAGCACCGGAAUGAACAGCGGCAUGAACACAGGCAGUUAUGGUGGUCAAGCAUACAGCACUCCAGCCCAGCAGAGCACACCAUUUAAUCAACAACAGCAACAGCAGCAACAGCAGCAGCAAGCGUCAUAUGGUGAUGCCUCAGCCUAUGGUGCAGCUGGUGGGUCAUUCUUUGGUGGUGUGCAAACACCAAUCAAGCAGGAAGCACAGAGCACAGGGACGCCAGGGAUGGUCUCAUAUCCUGGAUAUCAAUGAACUUUGUAACACAACUACGUAGCUUGCUUUGUAUUAUUUUGUACUUUCAUGCAAUUAGCUGGCAUCCUUUUACAGCACUUUUUGAGUUUGUUAAAGUUUGUUUGUUAAAGGGUGGUCAAUAGUCCAACUGGUUAUUCCAAGUUGAUAAUUUUUAUAGUUUUCAUGGUGCUGUAAGCUUUUUAGCCAGGAACUACCUCUUUGUACUACGUAUUGAUUUAGCACAAAUUGUCAGUUUCUGUAUGACACCUUCACUUUAGCCUGCGCGCAGACGAAAUUAAACUCUGGUUAACUCCGUCUGCGAAACAGCGCCGAAAUCCUUGUUCUGGACUUCCAGCUGUGUACCCAGAUUUGAGUACGCGCCACGAUUGCUCAGUUAAAAAAGGCCUUUGUUUUGUUUGUCGUGAUCGCCAAUCAGGUUGAAGGGAAAUUCGAAACGCACUUCCGGUAAUUUGUUGAGUCCGUUGGGGGUUCAGAACAAGGAUCUCUGCGCUGCUUCGCAGACGGUACUAAUCAGAGUUUAGUUAUCGUCUGCACGCAGGCUACCUUCACUUCAGCCAUAACAAACCCCAAAUUAUGGGCAUUUGCAGGGUCGAUAUUUUAUCAUGAUUUGUGCAAACUUCCUCUUCAUGCAGGAGGGGUUAGUACAAAUGGCAGCUACUGUGCAAACAAAUAGUAUGAUACAUAAGCCUAUUUCAUGUUGACUACAACUUGAAGUUAUUAACUAGUAGCCUUAAAUAUUUUUCAAGAGAGUUUGACGUUAAUUUCACUCACAGUAUUGAGUACCACUACCUUGCGUACUGUGCUAUUUGAAUAAUAGUGCUUUGCUUUGGAGUUUUAUGUUGUCAAAGUGAAUGCAAGGAACAAGUUAGUUUUUAAUCUUAGAGCGAGUUUGACUUUUAAAAUGUACAGUUGUCGUGUUAGUUGUGUAGUGAUUUAGCUCUAAACUGUAAUUUUAAUGCCUAGUUUUGGAUGAGAUGUUUCUUUUGACUCUAAUAACGGAAUAAAAUCAAAUGUGAUAUUUAUCAAGUUAAAAUGUCUUAUAAACAGGGGC